AUGGAUGCAGAAUUUUCUAAGCUCCUACUUCAUGCAGAAGUUCGUUGGCUGUCUUGUGGCAAAGUGUUGAACAGAUUUCUAACACUAAGAGAAGAAGUGUGUGUAUUUCUGACAGAAGAAGAAGACGAAAGGGCUGUCAAGCUCCAGGACAACUACUGGAUUGCCAGAUUAUCAUACAUGGCUUCUAUCUUUGAGAAACUGAAUCAAUUAAACCUAUCCCUUCAAGGCUUUGGUGGGGAUAUUUUUGAUGUCACUGGCAAGAUUGAAGCUUUCAAGUUAAAGAUUGGGUUAUGGAAAAGAAAAGUUGAAACUAAGGACUUCGGUAGUUUCUCCUUCCUUGAUCAGUUCUUGAAAGAGUGCAACUGGGAAGUGCUAUCUCCUUCGCUGGAAGAAAAUAUUAAGGAUUUUGUUAUUUUUCAUCUGGACAGUCUGGAAAAGAAGUUUAGUAUCUAUUUCCCUGAUCAAGAGGCAAGAGCACUCGAAGAAUGUAUGUGGAUUGUGAACCCCUUUGUCUCAGCUAAUACCAGAUUAGCCAAUCUGGAAUCAUUGACACCUACUUUGCUAGAACUGUCCACUGAUUUUGCACAGAAGUCAUCAUUCCAUGAAUUCUCCUACUAUGGAGAUUUCUGGUGCUCACUUUUAGGAAUUCCAGAGUACCAAGAACUUGCACGAAUGGCCAUGACUUAUCUAGUGCGGAUGCCAACAACAUAUCUGGCAGAGAAAGGCUUCUCUAAUCUGGUGGAUAUUAAAACAAAAAAGCGAAACCAGUUACAAGAUGUGGAUUCUCUGAUGAGGGGGGCACUGGAAAGUGAAAUAAAACCUCGCUUUGAAAAGAUUGUUGGAACAAUGCAGCAGCAACCCAGCCACUGA